AUGCUUCUUUGGCUAUACUACACUAAUGAUUCGAGCGGAACCUCAUUGACCCCAUCGGUGCUUCGUUCUGGUGGUACGCAGGAUAUAUUUGUUCGCUCCACAGGGCCUCGCGUGGUGAUUUUCAUCAUGAGUAAUGAAUUUGAUGAUUCCAUUUGUUAUUCCGUUGGCUCGGCCUAUCUAAGCGGUCUACCCGUGGUGGUUGCCGGUUAUCAGAUGCUUUUUGAGAAUUUUUUGUCUAAAUUUGACUUUAUGGAGGCGGCCAUCGGAAAUGCGGAGUUGCAGCCAGAAGACGUGGUUAUUGCGAUGAACUCAGCGACCAUUUUCAUGGGUGAUGACAUUAAUCCGUUCCUGGAUCGCUUCAUUGCGCAGUCCGCUGCGACGCCUGAGGAGCUGGAUGUGGUAGCUGUACGGCAGGGCCGUGCGAUGGCACCACUCUUUGUUGGUGCGGAGGCUAUCUGCUGGGCACGGGAUGUAUUUGAUUACAUGGAUAAUUGCAAAACUGACUAUGAAACUGUCUACAGCAAGGUGCGGAAGUAUGCCGCUGCUUACCCAGAGCAUGAGCUCAGCCUGCCUUUUGACUUAUCCCCGCAACGUCAUCUAAGCUCUGGUGUUGUGGUUGCCCGUGUGUGGGCAUACAAGGAGUUCCUGCAGAAGGCGAAAAAUUUCACAAGGACGCAAACCCCACGAGUAAAUCCCCCAAAAGGAUGGCGUUGUGAUCAGUCUGUCUACACAUCGCUCUACUUGGAUCACAUCGCGUGGGAGGUCGAGCGUGACGUCUUCUCGAUGCCAUCGCAUGAGCGGCAGGGGGCACGGUCCCCCUAUGGUGUGCGUGCAGGCUUCAUUGGGCUAGACUUCGUCAACGUGUUCUCAGGUUACGGCGAGUUAGACUCCCCAUACACAUCCGAGAUGCACGAUGAGCACUGGGCGAAGUACCUGCCUGCGGACGGACUUAAACACUCGCACUCGAACGAGGUAACAGUUCUUUGGCAUAUUGGCUUGUUUGUAGGCCGCCUAUACCGGCGAGCGUACGCUGCACACGGUGAUGGGAUUUUUACGAAGCUGGCGUUGCCCAGGUGGGAUGGAGGGAGGAGGGUUUCCGGAGAGUUUCACAUCGCCCUCACUCCGCCGCUGUGGGCGAUCAAGCUGAGACCCAUAGACACAGUCGGCAACACGACGCGCCAUUCGUACCCAUUAGUUUUCCACGCAGCAGAUGAUUCGAUUGGGUAUGCGAAAUUGGUAGAUAUGGAUAAUGGUGCUGUAGGCGCAAGGUGGUCGGUGCCGAUGGCGCGCAAUCCCGAGGCGAGGCGUCAGGCGAUGGAGUAUCUGGCAUCUGUGCCAUUGUUUCUGUCCACGAGUAACUCCAUUAUUCGAGACUCCUACCACGCCAAAUGCGUCUUCCCAUUUGAUAGAAUGAUUGAAACCGUGCAGUAUCUUUGA